AUGGCACUGCAAUGGCACUUGCCUAAUUUCUCACAGGUAUUAUCCUUAAAAGCGUCUUCUUUACCUCUUGACUCUAUCCAGAUAGUGAUGGAUAUCCUCUACAAUCCAGACAAUGGUGCACCUUUCUUUGACUCAAUUCUCUUUCGAGAAAAUGCAUUCUUCACCUUCUCAUUUGUUUUGAAUAAUUGCCCUGAGGUAAUGGCUUCAUUACCAUUCAUAGGGUAUAUUUCUGCUGGGUCCCCGACAGUUCUCUACCCUCUCUAUUCUACACAUGCAGAUCUUGUUGUUUUAAAAUUGAAGGUUGUAUUAUCAGCUUAUUUGUUGACUCCAUUGUUACAUGAUGCCUAUGAGGAAGUGCCAGGCUUGGAAGUGCCCAUCUAUGCGCAGGACCACCUGCCUCCUAUGUUUAUUCUUCCCUUGAUAACAUGGAACUUUGGGGACACCAUUGUCCAUCUCGCACUCCAUCCCUCAGGCUAUGAUCCUGUUCUAUAUUCUGUGGGGUUCCCUCUUUUCAACUCAACAUCUCUCCUGCCAAUGCCAGAUCUCACUGCCCUCAGUUAUGAUCACACCUAUGCAACUUGGGCCUAUAGUCCUGCCGCUGACUCUUUGGAGUCUGGUUUUCCUGGCUCAUUGAUCAGUUCAUCUAUCCUCAAGACUUCUCACAAUGGCACCUCCGCAUAUCUGGCAUGUGGAGGCAACCCCAAUGCCCACAUGUCUAAUCUCACCACACAAAAAACUGGUGCUCAUCACAAACCCAGGACCAAAACCAAAAACACUACACUGCAACGUAUUUCACACCAGUACCCCAACUGGGGAAAGGCUCUUGCCAACCUUCGGUGCAUGAUACGAGCUGCUAUUUGUUGCAGGGAAUGUCCCAAUCUGUUCCUACUUGUCAUGUCUGAUUAUGUUACUGAGCAAAAGGCACUGCUUAACUCCAUCUGGCCUGAUGCUCUGACUCAGUCAAAAUUUCAGCUGCAGGACUUGGAAAACAUGGUCACAAUAGCAAACAACACUCCCAUGUCUGAAGCAGACAUCCUGGCUCUUGGCGACACUUGGUUUAGUCUCUUUAUGCAUGACAACAAGUGUCACAUUUUUGCGACACUCAAAAGCAAUCGUGCUGGCUUUGACCUCAGCACAAUCUUUGGGACCACGCUUAAUAAUAAGGUCAUAUCACUGCUAUCUAAGCUGAAGCCCCCACAGUCAAAUCGUCUUCCACUCACUGAUAAUGGUAUAGCAUGGUUUCUCCUCCACCAGGUCACAAAAGAGUUUAUGUACUAUGUGAUCUUCUGGCACAACAGCACACAAGGCAAUCAUAUCUGUCUUGCAGAUCUGUGUCCUGCAAUCUUUAGACAUGCAGCAUACCCACCCAUGGCAACCUUGGCCUUGGCACUGACCAAUGCUUACAUCGUCCUGUUGACAUUCCUUGAUAUUGAAGUCAAAGACUUCCAUGCAUUCAUGUCUACAAGCAAUUUUCAUGCGCAUGUAUGCCAGAUGCUUCCUAUGCUAUUUGAACAAUCCAGCAAUUCUGGCCACACAGCAUUUAUGUUGGCUAUGAAAAUGUUAUGUGAUGUCAGGAAGGGUGAUGUCAAAUGGCUUCCAGACUCCCUCUUUACCACAGCUUCCAUGCUGUUUGGAUUGGUUGAUCCACUUGAUAUCAAGGCUCUCAUUGAAGCACACCUCAUGGAGGACAUGAUGCAGACAACCCUCCAGCAAGAAGAGGAGAGUUGCCUGGAAUACCUCAAGUGA